AAUUCAUCCAUUGCAAUUUCACCAAUUGUCAAUGCAAUGCCAAUUCAUUAGAGUCAUCAAUAGAACAAAAGCAAAAUGCGAUUAGGAUUACCGGAACCCCUUUCCUUGUUGGUCAGGAAGCGGUUUACGGCGGCCAAAGAAUCCGGCGGUCUAGUGUUCUCGGCGACGCAGUUGGCUGUUCUCUCGGCGUCGGGGAUACAAUACCAACUUCGCUACUGCCCAGCACUCGCCAAAAAGCCCAAUGCCACUGCAAAACAGUUGCCGCAAGAACCGAAACAUAGUAAUAAUAAUAAUGCUACUAAUAAACAUGACAAAAAGCCGGAUCCAUUCGAGAACCCCUCGGAGGAUUUAUUCAUCGCCGACAUCCCAUUUCAUCCAUCGGCAAGCGACCGUCAACAGCAGGGAAAAAGGGGGCCGAGUCAUAUUCUUGUCCUGAAUAAAUUCCCGGUUAUACCCAACCAUUUCAUUCUCGCGACCAAGUCAUUUCGGCCGCAGACGGAUAUUCUAGAAAAGGAUGAUUUGGAGGUUACGUUUGCGUGUUUGAGAGAGUGGAGAGGAGAGGAUCUUGAUAUACAAGAUGAUGAUCGAGAAAAGAGGCAUCAGAAAGGAGCUGCUGCUUCAAGCGGAAGAAGAUUGUUUGCCUUUUUCAAUUCCGGUGAAGAGAGCGGUGCAAGUCAACCUCAUAGGCACUUGCAAUUUCUUCCCGUGGAGGAUAUGCGUGGGCAGGAAUUAUCUUCUUCUUCUUCUUCAUCAUCUUCAUCUUUUUCUGCGUCGUCGUGGGUGCCCCUGAUUGAUCGGGUGUCAACCGCAGAGGCGAUUGUAUCGCAUUCAGCAUUCAGGGAGCUACCGGGUCUCCCGUUCAAACAUUUUGCGCUGCUAUUGCCUGAGGAUCCGUCGGCGGAGUUCUUGCACAAUGCAUACUUGUCGCUGUAUCAGGCUGCUGUUGCGGCAGAUGCAGGUACGACAUCGUCAAACCGCGAGGAUGUGCAGACUUCAGGACCGGCGGCAAUCAGCUACAACUUCGCAAUGACCGAGUCUGCAAUGAUGAUAUGUCCUAGGAAGAGCGAGACUGCGCAGCUUCAGCUCCAGAAAGAGAAGAGUGACAGCGCAAUCUCGCUCAAUGGGACUAUACUGGCAGGCACAUUGAUGGUCAAACAGGAGCCGGAGUGGGAUGAACUAUGUUCUGCUCCUGAAAAACUCGAUUCCCUUUUGGCAGCAGUUGGGAUUGCUACUGUUUCUUCUUAGGCUGAUCCCUGUUUCUGACCUAUACUGUGCCUGUGUAUCUAACUGAUAGGAAGCAAUAUGAAUAUUAUUUACUUCCUUAUAUGCACCUAGCCAGCCUUUUGUAUGUGCUGGGUGUAUGUAAGGAUGAAAGAAAA